GGAGAGGAGAGGAGAGGCCUCGUAGCAUGACAACAAGAAGGACACGCCAACAGAUCAUCCAUGCAGUGGUAGCUCCAUCACUUCCUGAUUCUAAUUCCCUAUUAUAUUUCCAGAACUAUAGGACAAUACACAACACUACGCUGUGGGUAGGCCACAGAAUUUAAAAAGAAUGACCUUUCUGUGUUUGUGUGUGUCUGGGGAAAAAAAAGAAGCUGUUUUUCUCUUCCAAAAGUUCAUCAUAAAUGAGAGGGCUGGUUGAAUAUGUCUAAUCGUGUUAGUGUAGCUGACUAUUCAUUGUCAAGAAAAGCAGAUUUUUCUCUUCACUGUUGCACAAGUGUCAGCUAGGCAGGAAGGGUGUGAGUGUCGAGUGGUUUCCUCUCUACUAUCUGUUGAUGAGAAACAGAAGUAGGCGAGAGAGGGGUGUGAAAGGCGUUUUCUCACUAGGUUUUUGUGGUAGACAAGAGAAGCCUACACCAAUCUUGAUGUGAAUGACAAAUGCCAAUGUACCAGGCAUUUUCGUGAGAGGGUGAACUGCUUCACAUUGCUAUUUUGAAGAGAAGAAAAAAUCAAAGAAAGAGAACACACGCCACUCGACCGACCAGCGCUGCAUCGCACACAACCGGAGAUAUGGUCAACAGCUCGACCGACAGUGGCUUGAAGGACCCACAUCUAACCACCAGACCAGGAUGUUUAGAUGUUCAUCCACGGCCUCCUCCCCUCCCCUGCUCUGUCUAACCCUCUGGCCCCUGUGGAGCCUCCUGAUGUCUGCCUUCUGCCACCCUCACCACAGCCCCUGCAGACUGACCCAAAAGACUGCUCUCUGUAGCAACAGUGAGCUCUCAUCUGUACCUGGGGGCCUACCUGACAGCAUAGAGGACCUCCACCUGAACCACAACCACAUUCAGAUGCUACAAGAUGACUCCCUCUCCCGCUACGUCUCCCUUCGUAGCCUAAGCUGUGCAGACAACCUCUUGGAGACGGUGGGGUCCAAGCUCUUUCACAACUCACCUCAUCUAGAGAGCCUCAAUCUAGCUGCCAAUAACCUUCACGUUGGAUACCAGCAAACUAGCCUGGCGCUGCUCACCUUGUCUAGACUCAGAGUUCUGGAUCUGUCAAAGAAUCAGCUUACAGAGGACAUGGUCUCCGUCCUCCUCCAGAACAUGACGUCCCUGGAGUACCUCCACCUUUCCAGGAACCUCCUGCUGAGGCUGGACGAAAGCUCCUUCAGCGACCUCCACCAGCUCAGAGAGCUGGACCUGCAAAGGAACAUGCUGUUUGAGAUCGACGGGUCCUUCGAUCACCUGCACAAGCUCCAGAGACUCAACCUGGCCUUCAACUACCUGCCCUGCCUGGUGCACUUCCACAUGACCCAGCUGGUGGUCCUCAACGCCAGUCACAAUGCCAUUGAGUGGUUCAUAGCCAACCAGGACCUCCAGGAAGUCUUCCAGCUGGAGACCCUGGAUCUCACAGACAACAACCUCCUCUUCUUUCCCUUUCUGCCCACCCACAGCCGCCUGAGGAACCUCCAUCUGUCCCAGAACAGGGUGAGCUUCUACGAACACCUGGCGGACACAGCUGCCUACCCCAACUGGAAGACCAGCGUCCAGUUCUACAACCUGAGGGGAAACAUGAGCAACGUCACGGCCAAGUUGUGGGACGAGAGCCUGCACGGGGACAUCUCCUCUCUAGACCUGCUGGAUCUGAGUGGAAAUCAGGUGCACUACUUCCCCCAAGGAUUCAUCAGCAAAAUGCCAAGCCUGACCAGACUCAGGAUGUGGACAAACUGUCUUGAGGUCUUGAAUCUAACUCUGGAAAAGCUGCCGGGGACGUUGUACGAGUUGGACGUGAGCAACAAUAGGUUGACAGAGCUCCAUGCCGACCAAGUUAGUUUGAGGAAGCUAGGCAACCUAAGCUUUCUGAACCUGAGCCAGAAUGACCUGCAGACUCUACCUGCUCAGCUGUUGUCUUCUCUCACCAGCAUCAUCUCUGUGGAUAUUAGCUACAACAGAGUUGGCGUGUGCCCCCUUGAAGCAGGGGGUGGGGGCAUGGGCUGGGGUAACCAAUCAGACUGUGUCGUUUGUAGAAACAUCAUUUCUCUGAGAUAUCUCUACCUAUCGGGGUGCAACCUGGGGAGGCUGUCAUCAUCAGCGUUCGUAGGGACGCCCCUAACACACCUGGAGCUGUCUAACAACCCAGAAGUCAUCAUCGGGCCCAGAUCCAUCGCAGGCCUCAGCAGAACUCUACAACAUCUAGGAUUGGGAAACACAGGCCUGAGACACUUUGACUUCUCUCCUUUCCACCACUUGAAGUCUUUGAACAUUUCCAGAAACUCUCUUACUCAGCUCCCUGCUUCACUGCAACGCCUGGAGCUGAAGCUGCUGGACCUGAGGGACAACAAACUGACCACCGUCCCCUCAGCUCAGGCUAACGUGUUAGCCACGAAACUCCACGCCGUUUUUCUCAACGGAAACACUUUCAACUGCUGCCAGUUGGACUGGUACAGGACGUUGGAGAAAACGGUCACUAUCAUGGACCUCUCAGAUAUUUCAUGUCAGGAUCUGACCAAAAGAACACACAGAGUGGUGCUUGUAGACUCCCUAAUAUGUGGCGGUAGUGAGGAGGAGUCUGUGUACUGGUACAUCCUGCUGUUUAUCGUUCCUGUUCUCUGUUUUGUUGGAAUGGCUGUUAUCUUCCUGCUCACCUUUAGGCCCAGACUGCUUCCCACAGCAGUUAGAAAUAAAUGCUGGAGUCACCUUCCCUGUGUUGUCCAAGAAAAGUCCCAAAAAGAAGACACUGGUCGUGUCCAAAUACCCAUACUAGAGAUCUAAGUAGAAGGCAUUUUAGGUAUGUGAAAAUAGAACGUUUUAUAGUAAGUGCAAUUACAACAAAAAAUAGUAUGCUUUAAAUGCCAGAAUGUUAUUUUUGAGAAAGAUAAUCCUCUUUCCAGACUCACGUGUGUUUGACAACAGCUGAUAAUGAGAUCAUUCUUUUAUUUAACUAGGCAAGUCAGUUAAGAACGAAUUCUUAUUUACAAUGACGGCCUACCCUUGCCAAUUGUGCACCGUCCUAUGAGACUCCCAAUCACAGCCAGAUGUGAUGCAGCCUGGAUUUGAACCAGGUACUGUAGUGACGCCUCUUGCACUGAGAUGCAAUGCCUUAGACCGCUGCGCCACUCGGGAGCCCAAGGGGACAUGUUGUACCAAAAUCAAAUCAAAUCGAUUUAUACAGCCCUUCUUACAUCAGCUGAUAUCUCAAAGUGCUGUACAGAAACCCAGCCUAAAACCCCAAACAGCAAGCAAUGCAGGUGUAGAAGCAUUAGGGCUGGUUGUGGUAGGGCUGGUUGUGGUAGGGCUGGUUGUGGUAGGGCUGGUUGUAGUAGGGCUGGUUGUAGUAGGGCUGGUUGUGGUAGGGCUGGUUGUGGUAGGGCUGGUUGUGGUAGGGCUGGUUGUAGUAGGGCUGGUUGUAGUAGGGCUGGUUGUAGUAGGGCUGGUUGUAGUAGGGCUGGUUGUGGUAGGGCUGGUUGUAGUAGGGCUGGUUGUAGUAGGGCUGGUUGUGGUAGGGCUGGUUGUAUUAGGGCUGGUUGUGGUAGGGCUGGUUGUAGUAGGGCUGGUUGUAGUAGGGCUGGUUGUGGUAGGGCUGGUUGUAGUAGGGCUGGUUGUAGUAGGGCUGG